AGUUCUGUGCUUACGCGCAAACGAUUGGGUUGUCAGUUCUGUCAUACAAGUCAUUAUGACAAAUUGUUAAUAUUUGAAAACCAAGUUGGGUCCCUCAAGUUUCGUAUUUUAUAAUUGUUGUUCGUUAAAUUAUUUAACACAUAAUCCUGUGAACAGAAAAAUGUCGUCUAUUCAAAGGUCAGCAGUUUGGAAUGUAUUUACAGAAUCUAACGAAUCCAAAGGUUCAGCCAUUUGUAAUAUUUGCUCUCAAGAAUUGUCUUUUAAAACAAGUACCACUAUUUUAUUAGAACAUGUACAGAAAAAGCAUCCGGAAAUUAAUAUUAUAUUGAAUUCUUCCACUAGUAUUCAAAACCAAAACGGCAUAGAAUUACCUGAGUUAUUACCAAAAGAUAUUGAAAUUAUUGUUGAUGAUGAAUAUGAUAGUGAUCCACAUCGAGAAGAAAUUGAGUCUUAUACUGAAGAUAACUGUGAUUCAACUCGAAAUAAUUCGUAUAGAAAUGAGUUGAAUUUGUGGGCUCAUUUUACAAAAUUACCGUCGUCAACUAAUCCUACGGUUGUUUGUAACAUUUGCGAUGAACAAAUUUCUUAUAAUACUACAUUGAAUGCUAUAAAACAUUUAGAAAAAGAACAUCCCGAGAAGUUAUUAAAAAGUGAUGAUUCCAAAGAAAAAUCAGAUCUUUAUUCAUCUGUAAAAUGCAGUUUUUGUUUACAUAGUGUUACAUCUGAAGCUGAUCUUCAAAAUCAUUUACAAAAAUAUCAUUCUGAACAGUUGGGAAACAAUAUCAGAAGAAAAAAACAUUAUUUGUGGAAGUAUUUUACGAAAAAUCUAUAUUCUAAUGAAACAGCUGAAUGCAAGUUUUGUCAAAGUGAAGUUUCUUACAAAUCUGAUAUUUCCAUCCUUAAAAAUCAUUUAAUUGAUAAUCAUCAAUUCAACCAUCAUGAUUCUGAAAGUACUUCUGAAUCUGAAGAAAAGUUUUCUGUUAAUAAAGAUGAGCUGAUAGAUUUUACUAAAGAAUUAAAUUCCGAUAAAAAAAAUUCUACAUCUCGAAUGUGGGAGUUUUUUACAAAAAUACCAGGUUCUAAUUUCGAAGCUUGCUGCAAUAUUUGUCAGAACCAGUUAUCAUACAAAAGCACUACAUUUAAUCUAAAAAGACAUCUUGAAAGAAAACAUCCUGAGCUGUUAACUAGUAUAAAACAAGAUAUAGAACAGAUUCUUUUAAUUAAAGAAGAAUUCGAUGACAUUAAAAUGGAUGAUUCGGAUCCUGAUAAACGUAACUUUGAUAAUGAUAUGAAUAAUAAGAGAUCUCAAAUUUGGAAUGUUUUUACCAUAAAAUCAGCGGAGGAAUCUAUAGCUACCUGUAAUGUUUGCAAUCAACAAUUCUCAUAUAAGAGCACAACAAAUGAUUUGAAAAAGCAUUUUCAGAGGAAACAUCCAAAUAUAUCAAUAGAAAGUAGAAUAGAAAAAGUUUUGAUUAAAACUGAUCCCAAUAAAAGUGAUACGGGUCUAGAUUCAAGUAACAGUGAUUACGAAAGUGAAGAUCAAGAAUAUUUUAGUAAAAAGCCCAGAAAGCAUUCAAUACUAUGGAAAUAUUUUACUAAAAGUAAACACGAAGAAUAUAUAGCGAGUUGUAAUAUUUGUAAAAAAAAAUUAGGCUAUAAAACCACCACGACCAAUCUCAGAAAACAUCUAAAUAACAAACAUCCACAUAUUGAAAUAAACUUGAGGAGUAUUCCUGAUCAAAAUCAGGUUUUGAAAUUGGAAAUUAAAAGUUCUACUACUGAUAACAACUUGUAUGGUUCAAAAAAAGUUAAAUACUACUCAGCAAUAUGGAAUUAUUUUACUAGAAACAAUCCAUAUGACUAUAUGGCAACUUGUAACAUUUGCGGAAGAGAAUUAUGUUACAGAACUUCAAUUACUAACCUCAAGAAACAUAUCAGUAAUAUGCACAUCGAUAUCAAAUUGCAUAUGGGAGAAGAACUAUCACAAAACCAAGUAUCUAAAAAAUCAACUGAUCAAUACUCGAAUCAAAAUAAGGAAAAUAACUGUGUAGAUGGUCACUUAUAUACUUGUGAGGAUACAAAAUCAAAUCAGCCUACUAUAAAAAGGGAGAGGAGGCAUUAUUCGAAACUUUGGAAUCAUUUUACAAGAAAGAAAUCCAAGGCUUGUGUAGCAUCAUGUAAUAUUUGUGAUAAAGAAAUAGGAUACAGAACCUCGACAUCAAAUCUGAAGAAGCAUUUAAUUAAUAUCCAUCCAGGCAUCGAUUUUCAAUUGGAGACUGAGAUACCUCAAAACCAAAUAAAUUUAGGUUCGGUUAAAACUUGUUUGAUUUGCUUACAAAAUAACAGAGAAUUACCAAGAAUAUUCUUUCAAAUUAGUAAUAACGAUAACGAAGAAAAAAGUUAUGUAACAAAAAUUGGGGAGAUCCUAAACGAAGAUAUUGUUAUAGAUGAGUCUCACGUAAUUUGUCAAAGUUGUAUUGAUGAUAUAGAGAAAGUUUAUAGUUUUAAACAAAAGAUAUCGAGAGCUUUCGAUUUUUGGACUAAAUUAGAAUCCGAAACCGAAACUGAACAUUUCGAUCAAGAUAACAAAGCUGAAAAUCACCAUGAUUCAAUCGAAAUGAAAAACAAUUUGUGCAAAUUUACUUGUGAAAAAUGCCAUCAAGAUUUCGAGUCUGCAGUUCUAAUGUUGAAUCACACCUGUACCCAUAAGGAUCAAGACGAAGUUUUAUCAACACAAAACGGUUACAAUUGUAAAUUUUGCGGCACAUGUUUCCAAAAACAAUGGAAGAGGGAUAAACACAUGAGAUUGUGUCGGAAUCCCGUGAAAAAAUACGAUUGUACCAUAUGCGGAAAAACGUACAAAUCCGCUUUUUUACUUCGGGAACAUACGACCGUCCAUACGGGCGAACGCAAUUACAUGUGUCACUUAUGCGGUAAAACGUUCCAUAGAGCGUCCGUCAGACAUAAACAUUUACAAGCUCAUAAUCGUAAACCGGGCGAAAAGAUCAAACAAAAACCGUUUUUAUGUUUCAUUUGCGGUAAAACUUUUCCUACGAACGUAGCUUCGAGACACAUGAGAGUACAUUCGGGUAUCAAAAGAAAAGAAUGCCAUAUCUGUUACAAGAGGUUCGAUCAACUAGCACAUUUGAAGAUACAUCUUCGUACCCAUUCCGGAGAAAGACCCUACGAAUGCGAAAUCUGCGAAAGAAGAUUUUCUCUACCUUCUACUCUUCGAAUACACAUGCGUCGUCACGAUCGGAGUGAUUAUUGAUAAAAUUAAGUUGAUAAAGAGUUGAAAUAUUUUA